AUGGGGUCUGCUCCUCCUACAAAGGCCACAGAUGCUGUCUUAGUCCCUUCAGAACCGGUCCCUGAGGGAGUGCAGGAGGUCAAAGGCAUUGACUGGCUAAGCAUACCACCCGAACAACGAACUGUCAUCGCAAAUUUUGUCGGUCAACUCACAGGACAAGGCUUCCAGUCAAGCUCGAUAGGCGAUGCUAUUCGCAUAAUCAAUGACAUGAGAUCAUGGAGCGACCCCGAGACGGGUGAGAAAACUACCAUCCUUUUGGGUUACACGUCCAAUAUGAUCUCCUCGGGCUUGCGCGACACAUUUCGCUAUCUUGUCCAGCACCGCCACGUGUCCGCAAUUGUCACAACUGCGGGCGGUAUAGAGGAAGACUUCAUCAAAUGUUUAGCUCCCACGUACCUGGGUUCUUUCUCCGCACCGGGCCCUGCAUUGCGCGCCAAGGGGCUCAAUCGCAUCGGUAACCUGGUCGUCCCCAACAACAACUACUGUGCAUUUGAGGACUGGGUCAUUCCCAUCCUGGACAAAUUGUUACUGGAACAAGAGGAGGAAUUUGCACGCAACGGAGAGCGAUUCAUGUGGACCCCCAGCACCAUCAUCCGUCGACUGGGCAAAGAGAUCAACGACGAAAGGUCGGUCUACUAUUGGGCAUACAAGAACGACAUCCCAGUGUUUUGUCCCGCCUUGACCGAUGGCAGCUUGGGAGACAUGAUUUAUUUCCAUUCAUUCAAGGCUUCACCUCUGCACCUCGGCAUCGACAUCGCCAAGGACAUUCGAAAAAUCAACACGAUUGCCAUGCGAGCUAAAAGGGCGGGAAUGAUCAUUUUGGGUGGUGGCGUUGUGAAACACCACAUAGCUAAUGCAUGCCUGAUGCGGAAUGGUGCCGAAAGUGCGGUGUAUAUCAACACAGCUCAAGAAUUUGACGGGAGUGACGCCGGCGCCAGACCAGAUGAAGCCGUGAGCUGGGGUAAGAUCAAAGCGGAUGGGGAUAGUGUCAAGGUCUACCUCGAAGCUACUAUUGCCUUCCCAUUGAUUGUGGCAGGGACCUUUGCUAAGCCAGACUCCUGA